GGAAGAAGCCGCGGGCCGUUUCCUCCUCCCCGAGACCAAGACACACCACCACGCCACCAUUCCCACGCCUCACGCGGCGGAGAGAGAGAGAGAGGGUGAAUUUGCUAGCGAGAUGCCGGAAGCCGAGGCCGCGGCGGUGGUCACCGGAGGCGGCAGCCGCGCCGCCGGCCCCGCCGACUACGAGCGCUUCAUCACCCUCUUCUCCCCGGAGGGCCGCCUCUGCCAACUCGACUACGCGUUCAACGCCGUGAAGCUGGCCGGGAUCACCUCCGUCGGCGUGCGCGGCGACGACUCCGUCUACGUCCUCACCCAUCGGAAGGAGGACAAGUUGCACGACCCGACGACCAUCACGAACCUGUUCGCGAUCACCGACCGGAUUGGGCUGCUCGCCACCGGGAUGCCAGGUGAUGGAAGGGCAAUAGCUCAGGAGGCAAGGAACGCAGCUGCCGAGUUUCGCUUCAAGUGGGGAUAUAAAAUGUCUCCUUGUAUGUUAGCUCAAUGGAUUGCAGACAGAGCACAGAUCCGCACCCAGCAUGCUCAGAUAAGACCUUAUGGAGUUGUUUCUAUGAUCUUUGGAAUUGAUGAAGAGAAAGGAACCCCCGAGCUCUUCACAUGUGAUCCAGCUGGACAAUUCUUUGCACACAAGGCCACAAGUGCUGGUCCGAAAGAGAAGGAAGUUAUGAACUUUCUUGAGGAAAGAAUGAAGAGCAAACCUUCUCUAUCAUCUGGCACAACAAAAGGGUUGGCAAAAUCUGCGUUGAAACAUGUCCUGGAGGGGGAUUUCUAUGCCCGAGAAUUUGAGCUUGGAUUUAUCAAGAAAGGGGAUCCAACUGUAACUCUGCACCCAGUGAAAUUCAAGCGCACGCGGAGGUGAAGGACGAGAGCAGAACAAAGUGCUCGAUAUAGGACGAUCACCAGUCUUUCAAAUCUUUUACAGCAUGGAAGUUAUGCAAAACCAUUACCGCUAACUGAUUACUGUACGCUAUAGCUAUAUGUAUGACUGCGCUCAAGCUGUGUCAAGUGUCAAUUAUGAGUUGCCCCCGGAUUUACGAUACCAACUGAUGAUCACACAUCAACACUUCAAACUGUAACUGUCUACGAAGGAACUGCAUCCUCCUGCUCCCGUGUAACCUUAGCCAGGGAUAAUUUUCCUAUGAAGUUGGUCGCAAGGCUGCCGAGGAAGA